AUGGCUGAGAAAAUCGAACAGCCCGAAACCGCCACCAAGCAACAACAGAUCGACGGUAACAUUACCUCGCUUACUGUCGAGGAGCUUUACGACAAGGACAAAUAUGAUCUUUCGACUAUGGAGCUCGAAGAUGUCACCAGCCUUUUGCAAACUACCAAGGAAGGUUUGACCUCUGAUGAAGCUGCACGUCGUAUUGAGAAGUUUGGUCCCAACAAGCUUGUCGAGAAGGAAACCAAUGCCUUCUUGCAGUUCUUGAGCUUCAUGUGGAACCCAUUGUCAUGGGUUAUGGAGGCUGCUGCUAUUGUGUCUAUUGCCGUUGCUAACGGUGAAGGCAAGCCCCCGGAUUAUCCUGAUUUCAUUGGUAUCGUCCUUUUGUUGCUCGCCAACUCUUUGAUUGGUUUCUACGAAGAACGUCAAGCUGGUAAUGCCGUCAAGGCUCUUAUGGAAUCUCUUGCCCCCGAAUGUAAGGUCAAGCGUAACGGCGAAUGGCACACCAUGGAAGCCGCUGAACUUGUUCCCGGUGAUGUUAUUGCUAUCAAGCUUGGUGAUGUUGUUCCUGCCGAUGGUCGUCUUCUUGCCGCUCAUGGUCAGGUGUCCAUUGAUCAAGCUGCUCUUACUGGUGAAUCUUUGCCUGUUGGCAAGGAAUCAGGUGAUGAAAUCUUCUCUGGUUCCACUGUCAAGCAAGGUGAAGCUGAAGCCAUCGUCACUGGUACUGGUCUCAACACCUUCUUUGGUCGUGCUGCUAAGCUUGUUGGCGAAGCUGGUGAUGAUGUUGGUCACUUGCAAACCAUUUUGACCAAGAUCGGUAACUUUUGUCUUUGCACCAUUGGUCUCUUUGUUGUCAUUGAGAUCUUGGUUAUGUAUGCCGCUUUCCGUUACAACUAUCGUCGUGGUAUUGAUAACUUGCUUGUCUUGCUCAUUGGUGGUAUCCCCAUUGCCAUGCCUACUGUGUUGUCCGUCACGUUGGCUAUUGGUGCUAAGCAAUUGGCUGAGCACAAGGCUAUUGUCACACGUAUCACUGCCAUUGAAGAAAUGGCUGCCGUUACCAUCCUUUGCUCUGAUAAGACCGGUACUUUGACCUUGAACAAGCUUAUCGUUGACAAGCCUACCAUCAAGACCUAUGCCGAAUUCAAUGGUGAUGAGGUUAUUCAACUCUCUGCUUUUGCUUGCCGUACCGAAAACCAAGAUGCCAUUGAUUUCUGUAUCGUCAACUCUUUGCCUGAUCCCAAGCUCGCUCGUGAAGGCAUUGAGGAACUUGAAUUCAAGCCCUUCAACCCCGUCAUCAAGCGUACUGAAAUCACCUACCGUGUCAAGGAAGAUGGCUCUGUUCGCCGUGUCACCAAGGGUAUGUCCCACACCAUUUUGGAUCUUUGCACUCGUGACAAGACCGAGGAGCAAAUCAAGGCUCUUAACGAUGAUGUCGAUGAAUUUGCUCGUCGUGGUCUUCGUGCUUUGGCUGUUGCUGUUGAUGAAGUUCCCUCUGGUGAAGUUGAAGGUGAAGGCAAGGGCAUGCGUCUCAUUGGUUUGCUUCCCAUCUAUGAUCCUCCUCGCUCUGAUACCAAGGAAACCAUUGAUCGCUCUAUUGCUCUUGGUGUCCAAGUUAAGAUGAUCACUGGUGAUCAACUCGCUAUUGGCAAGGAAACUGGUCGUCGUCUUGGUAUGGGUGACAACAUGUUCUUGUCCAAGACUCUUAAGGAUGGCCCUCCCCCUGGCUCUGGUUACACUAGCAUUGACGACAUGGUUCUCCAAGCUGAUGGUUUUGCUGGUGUGUACCCUGAACACAAGUACGAGAUUGUCGAACGCCUUCAAAACCUUGGUCACAUGACUGCCAUGACUGGUGAUGGUGUUAACGAUGCCCCUGCUCUUUCCAAGGCCAACGUUGGUGUCGCUGUUGCUGAUGCUUCCGAUGCUGCUCGUUCUGCUGCCGAUAUUGUGUUGACUGAGCCUGGUCUUUCCGUCAUUGUUGAAGCUAUUAUUGGUUCUCGUCAAAUUUUCCAACGUAUGCGCAACUAUGCCAUCUAUGCAUGCUCUAUCACCAUUCGUGUUGUCAUUGGUUUCGCUAUUCUUUGCUUUGCCUUCCAACAUGACUUCCCUCCUUUCCCUGUUCUUAUCAUUGCCGUGCUCAACGAUGGUACCAUUAUGACCAUUUCCACCGAUCGUGUCAAGCCUUCUCCUUAUCCUGAUGCCUGGAACCUUAAGGAAAUUUUCAUGUACGCCAUUGUCUACGGCUUGUACCAAGCUGCCUCUACUCUUGCUUUUGCCAAGGUUGCUUUCCACACCACUUUCUUCAACGACAAGUUCGGUGUUGAGCUUCCUGCUGAUGUCAAUGACCACAUUUACCACUCGAUCAUUUACCUUCAAGUUUCCAUCAUGUCUCAAGCUUUGAUUUUCAUCACUCGUUCCCGCAGCUGGUUCUUCAUGGAGCGUCCUUCCGUUUACUUGAUGUGUGCUUUCGUCAUUGCUCAAUUGGUCGCCACUUUCAUUGCUGUGUAUGCCAACUGGGGCUUCACUUACAUGCGUGGCUGUGGUUGGGAUUGGGCCGGUAUUGUCUGGAUCUGGAACUUCAUCUGGUUCCUUCCUAUGGACUUCUGUAAGUUCGCUAUGCAAUACUUCUUCACUCCCAAGAACACCCUCAAGGAAAACAAGACCCCUAUGGCUGGUACCUCCUCUCGUCGUGCUUCCGCUGUCUCUGGCUCUGGCUCUGGUCGUUACUAUGCCAACCGCACCAAGUCGCUCAAGUCUCUCGAGCGUCCUCGCAACUUUGGUUCUCGUCUCUUGAACAUGAACAAGAAGAUGAGCAUGGACCAAAAGGAGAUGCGUCGUUUCUCUUCUGCUCAGACCAACCAAGCCGCUCAGGUCUUGAACAGCUCCUAA